AUGGAGACUGCCCGCAUUAUUCCUCGGCCUGUUCUUCGCUUCUCUGGCACCAGAACUGAUACUCAUUGUUUGAAGUUGCCUCUAAAUGAUCUGGGUAUUGGAAAUUCUAGAGUUUCAUUUAGAGAGAAAGGUUCUAAUGGUAUUUUGAGCCGUGAUUUUUCUGAUUAUGGGCAUUUGAAAUACUAUGCAUCGCCAGCGAGGUGUGGUGGAAAGAAAGAGAAGAAUAAAGAGAUGACAACAGAGAAAAAGAAGCUUAAGUUGAUGAAAAGAUUGUCCAGGGACUUGCCCUUUUUUCUCAUACGGUCUCUGGCGAAGAGGGUUGCGAAAGCAACAGAGAUCUUGCUUGCAGAAUUGCAAAAUCUGAGAUUAGAGCAAGAGGGACAGAAGAGAAAGACAAAAGAAGAGAGGGCCACAUUGAUCAAAACUAGGCCCAAGUGUGUCUCCGAAUCAUCGGCGUCGAGUUCCUCUUCUUCCGAGCCAUCUUCAUCUGAGUCAAGUGACAGUGAUUGUGGUGAGGUAGUUUCCAUGAAACACUUGAAAAGCAAUGCUUUGAACCAAUUUACGGAGAUUGAAUCAAAAAAUACUAUUAAAGGAGAAGCAACUCAAGAAGAUCCCCGUACGGAGAUAGUAUUAGGGGCUAACGAUUCAAGUCCUCAAAAUCUCAGAGAAUCUUCCUGCAAUAUUGGACAUUACAAAGAGAGUUGUAAUUCAGAUGUUCCUCGUGAUAAUAGAAGUAAUGGCGGCACUAGUGUGGGAGCAUCUGGCAGGAAGGUUGUGAUAUGCAUGGGCGGGAAGUGUAAGAAAUUGGGAGCAACUGCUCUGCUAGAAGAAUUUGAAAGGAAGGUCGGAAUGGAGGGUACCGUUGUUGGGUGCAAGUGCAUGGGGAAGUGCAAGAACGGUCCUAAUGUUAGGGUUUAUAAUUGUCCUAGUGAAGCUGAAGGCAUAAAUGUGGAGGAUUUACUUAAUCCUAUAUGCAUUGGAGUUGGUUUGAAAGAUAUGGAUGUCAUGGUUACUUGA